AUGCCAACCAAGGAAACAAUGACAGAUAUCAGAAACAGAGAUCAAACAACCUCGGUGAACCACAAUCUGAUGACAAGUGCAGGCAACUAUACUGCCGAGAAAGAAAUCGGAAAGGGUUCAUUCGCCACUGUGUAUAGAGGGCAUCUGACAUCUGAUAAGUCUCAACAUAUAGCCAUUAAAGAAGUAUCGAGAGCGAAAUUGAAGAACAAGAAACUACUAGAGAACUUGGAGAUAGAGAUUGCUAUCUUGAAAAAAAUCAAACACCCUCACAUCGUCGGACUGAUUGAUUGUGAACGAACAUCUACGGAUUUCUAUUUGAUUAUGGAAUACUGUGCUCUUGGUGACUUAACAUUUUUACUGAAAAGACGCAAAGAACUCAUGGAAAACCAUCCCUUACUAAAGACGGUAUUCGAAAAAUAUCCUCCACCAAAUGAGAACCAUAAUGGCCUGCAUAGAGCAUUCGUCUUGAGUUAUUUACAACAGCUAGCGUCUGCUUUAAAAUUUUUAAGAUCCAAAAAUUUGGUUCACAGGGAUAUCAAACCUCAAAACCUAUUAUUGUCUACCCCUUUGAUUGGAUACCACGACUCCAAAACGUUUCAUGAGCUAGGCUUUGUUGGAAUUUAUAACUUACCUAUUUUAAAGAUUGCGGAUUUUGGGUUUGCAAGAUUUCUACCCAACACUUCACUGGCAGAAACUCUUUGUGGUUCACCGUUAUACAUGGCACCCGAAAUCUUGAACUAUCAAAAAUACAACGCUAAAGCGGACCUAUGGUCUGUCGGAACUGUGGUAUUUGAAAUGUGUUGCGGCACUCCACCAUUUAGAGCUUCUAAUCAUUUAGAAUUGUUCAAGAAAAUCAAAAGAGCAGACGACGUUAUAACGUUUCCUUCCUACUGUAAUAUUGAGCCUGAGUUAAAAGAGUUGAUAUGUAGUUUACUCACAUUUGAUCCUGCAAAAAGAAUAGGCUUCGAAGAGUUCUUUGCCAAUAGGGUAGUUAAUGAAGAUUUGUCUCCUUAUGAAUUGGAGGACGAUUUACCUGAACUGGAAUCCAAGUCCAAAGGUAUCGCUGAAAGCAACAUGUUUGUUUCUGAGUAUUUGUCCAAACAAUCAAGAAGGCCUAACAGUCAUUUUGAAAAUCAACAAUCAACAUCAAAUGAUGCCGAUGAACUUAAUGAAGACCUAAAGAAUAGUGAUAUACUAUCCACUUCAGCGGUUAAAACAAACCGUACUCAGAACAUAGAAAGAAACGACACAAAUAAUAGAUACCACAAUAACUUGAUUUCGGAUAGAACUUUUGAGAGAGAUUAUGUGGUAGUAGAGAAGAAAUCAGUUGAAGUAAAUUCACUUGCUGAUGAAGUCGCUCAAGCAGGGUAUAACCCAACUUCUAUAAAGCAUCCUACCCCAACUCAACAUAUCUUACUGAACCAACAAUUCUCUCAGAAUAAUCAACCGCCUUUUCAAAAUCAAGGGGAGAAUCAGAGAGUAUUGAGAGCCGCAUCUUCUUCUAGUGGUGGAAGCGAUGGGUCUAGGCGACCAUCUUUGGUAGACAGACGUUUAUCUAUUUCUUCGCUGAAUCCAUCUAAUGCAUUGUCAAGAGCACUUGGUAUUGCCUCGACGAGGCUGUUUGGUGGUACUAGCCAACAGCAGCAACAACAGCAAGUUGCAUCUUCACCACCAUACAAUCAAACUUUGCUAAACCCGCAACUUUUCCAUGAUCUUACUGAAAAUAUAAUAUUAAGAAUAGAUCACCUCCAACAUCCAGACAUGCAGAAGUUGGAUAACAGUAAUAUUGUAAGCGUUUUGGAAUCCCUGGCUGCAAAAGCGUUUGUUGUUUACUCCUACGCAGAAGUGAAAUUUUCGCAAAUUAUUCCAUUGUCAACAACAUUAAAAGGCAUGGUUAAUUUUGAAAAUAGGCGUAGUAUGGAUAGUAAUGCUAUUGCAGAAGAACAAGAUUCAGAUGAUGCAGAAGAAGAGGAUGAAACACUAAAGAAAUACAGAGAAGACUGUUUGUCCACAAAAACUUUUGGAAAGGGUAGAACUUUUUCUGCCACAUCACAAUUAAGCGUUACUUUCAAUAAACUACCACUUUCAGAAAUGAUUUUGUUAUGUAGCGAAGCCAUCGUAUUAUAUAUGAAGGCGUUAUCAAUUCUGUCAAAGUCUAUGCAAGUAACUUCGAACUGGUGGUACGAGUCUCAAGAAAAAGCGUGCUCUUUGAGAGUCAAUGUAUUGGUUCAAUGGCUAAGGGAAAAAUUCAAUGAAUGUUUGGAAAAGGCCGAUUUUUUAAGGUUAAAAAUUAACGAUUUAAGAUUCAAGGAUGCCGUUGAGGUAGAUGAAAGCCAGGCUGUUGAAGAAAAGGGCACUGUAGAAGAGCCGGUAUAUUUGGAGAAGUUACUAUACGAUCGUGCUUUAGAAAUUUCUAAGAUGGCCGCUCAUAUGGAACUAAAGGGGGAGAACUUGUAUAACUGUGAAUUAGCAUAUGCUACUUCACUUUGGAUGCUAGAGACCUCCUUGGAUGACGACGAUUUUACCAAUACGUAUAGUGAUAAUCCUUUCAAAACCAACAUCCGCUCAAAAAGUAAUGACGGUGAGGAUAAAGAGAAUUAUCACAAUGUAUUGGAUGAAAAUGACAGAUUGAUCAUAAGAAAGUAUAUCGAUAGCAUUGCUAAUAGAUUGAAAAUAUUGAGGCAAAAGAUGAAUCAUCAAAAUUGA